AUGCACGCAAGGUUCAUCGCCGUCACCCUGGCAUCCCUCUCCUUUGCCUCCCAGGCAAUGGCAUGGGGCUGCAUCGGACAGGAUUGCAACAGCGCCGCCAGCCAGAUCUCGUUCUCCACACCCGAGCAUGCUAGCUACAACGACAAGCCCAAGUCGCUCACCUUGGACCCCGCUCCAGGUCAGGGCUGGCAAUGGUCCAGCUGCGGAACCGGUGACGAGAUUGUCGAUGUAGACAGCAUUGUUGUCAGCCCAGACCCGCCUGUUCCCGGCCAGAACCUCACUGUUCUUGCUAAGGGUACCAUCAAGGAUGAGGUCAGCGACGGCACGUUUGCAGAUGUCAUCGUCAAGCUUGGCUACAUCCGGUUACUCGCCCGUCGAUUCGAUGUUUGCGAGGAAGCCAGGCAGAACAACGCCGACCUGCAAUGCCCACUCUCGGCCGGCGAGUACGAGCUGGAGCACACCGUUGCUCUCCCUAGAGAGAUCCCGCCCGGCAAGUUCAACGUGCACAUCACUGGCGAAAACCAGGACGGCUCCAACCUGCUCUGCCUCGACCUCAGCAUUCAAUUUGGCUUCCGUCGUUAA